CGGCUUCUUUUUCUUGAUUGUUGGUCGGUAGCCCAGCGACUGCUUCCUUGACAAGAUCACCGAGUCUUUUGCAUUAAUUUCUUAAUCGGCUUGAGCAGUGGAGUUCAUUCCGCUUUCUGCCUUGUACUGCACACUGCCAAGCUUCCAGGCCCAAGUUCGGUCAAUUUCACAAUGGCCCCGACUCCCACUGGCCAGAAUGUGCACGACCUGCAGCGUUUGUCAGUCGUGAGUAUCACCAAGGAGAGUGUCACCAAGGACGCCGAUGGUAGCUACGCUGGUAUCAAGACGCCUGAUGGUACCCCAGAACUGCUCGAGGACGGUGCUCUGCGUCCGGGCGGUAUGCCCAAUCUAAUGAGUCGCGACCACAUCGGUCUGAUCUUCCAGUACGCUGCUGUUGGUGUCGUCUACGGCAUGCUCCCAGAAACGGUAUAUCCUUUCAUGCAGCAGUACCUCAACUGUAGUGGUGCUCAAGUUGCUGCCGCCAAGGAACUCGUCAUUCUGCCGUGGAGUUUCAAGGUGUUCUAUGGUAUCAUGUCGGACUGCUUCCCGCUAUUCGGCUACCGUCGUCGUCCGUACAUGGUGAUCGGUUGGACCAUCUGCAUCGCAAUGCUGUUGCUCAUGGCUAUUAUGCCGAUUGGCCAGCCGUACUACACCGUCGCCGCUGACCGUAAAGUUGACGUGGCUGACUACACUCCGGAGAUUGAGGCUCGUCUCAACCACAGCGCUCCUGGCGAAGGUGCCAAGUACGUCGUCAUCAUGUUCUUUGCUGCGUUCGGCUACGUGCUGUCCGACGUGUGUUCCGACAGUAUCGUGUGUGAGCUCGCCCAGCAGGAGCCCAUGGCCAAGCGUGGUAAGACUCAGUCCGCUAUCUACACUGUGCGUACGACUCUGGUGAUUCUCGGUGAACUGCUCGUUGGCUUCUGCUUUAACGGUGAGGACUACGGUGGUGACUUCGACUUUUCUUUGAGCUUCCCGGAGCUUAUGAUCAUCAUGGUAGUACUCACAGCUCCUGCGGUACCUCUCACGUGGUACUUCAUCAAGGAGGAGAAGGCUGAGCGUCUUGACUUCCGCAAGUACAUUAAGGAGUUCUGGGACCUGCUCUGCAAGCGUGUAGUGUACCAGGUCAUUGCUCACCACUUCUUCGCCGGUAUCUUUUCCAGCAUUUCGUACACGGCUAGCUCUCCGGUGCAGUCGUACAUGGUUGGCGUUACCCCCAUCAACAACACGCUGAACGACGUGCUCGGUCAUCUGUGCUUCAUGACCGGUAUUAUGGUCACAUCCAAGUACGGUCUCCACUGGAACUGGCGGUUCAUGAUCGUUGCUACUGGUAUCGUCGUUAUUGUCGUCGACUGCUCCGUUGCUCUCAUCACGGUGUGGGAUAUCUUCCGUAACCAGUGGUUCUGGCUUGGCCCUCCUAUUGCGGUGCAGAUCCCCAGCGGUGUUGCUUGGAUCAUUGCAUUAUUCGUGACGGUCGAGAUUGCCGGUGUUGGCAAUGAAGGUGCCGUGUACGGCCUUAUGACAACAGUCGGCAACCUGGCCACGCCGUUCGCUACGACGCUGACGCUUCUUAUCGACGGCCCGUUCGACAUCACGAAUGCUCGUGUGCAGGCUGACGACCACUCGGUUCGUGUGGAUAUCACGUACACGGUCAUCAUCUCGUACGUCAUGACGAUCUUCUCGUGGGCAUUUUUGGUUCUGCUUCCGCGUCAGAAGAAGGAAACCCAGGAGCUGGCUCGCAAUGGUGGAUCCAGCAAGCUCUUUGGUGGUCUCACUGUGGGCUAUCUGUCUUUCGCACUGAUUUGGUCUUUAAUGGCCAACACCCUGGCAAUCUUCGAUAGCACCUCGUGCCUACUGAUUGCUGGUGGCAAGGGUUGCUAAACGAUUCCUGGUGUAGGCAUAUUUUUCUCUGUAGCGUUAUGAACGGUAGGACCUUUAGAAAAGAAGCUCCGGACGAUCUAAAUAAAAGUACACAUUAGUUGAUUACCUUGUUGUUAGUAAAAAGCAAGACUGAAAAUGAAGCUCAUCAACCC